GAUGGAGAAUGGAAGGACAUUCCAGAUAUAAACAAAGGUUUAAAUCUCAGAGAAGGAGACAUCAUGAUGCCUAAUCAAAGGAGCGCCAUUCUUGGGAAUCGGUGGAAUAUUCCCGUCCCCUAUGAGCUGAAUGUGAAUCUCAGUGUGAACUAUAAAGGAGUUAUUUUGAGAGCCUUUGAGCAGUUCAGACUGAAAACAUGUAUUGACUUUAAGCCCAGAGCAGCAGGAGACAUUUCUUACAUCUCUGUGGAGAGUCGUGAAGGGUGUUGGUCAUAUGUCGGUCGCACAUCUCCUGGAGCUCAGACUCUUUCCAUUGGAAAUGGCUGUGGAUUUAAAGCCAUUGUUGAGCAUGAGUUUCUCCAUGCACUGGGAUUUUGGCAUGAGCAGUCAAGAUAUGACAGAGAUGAUUAUGUGACCAUUCACUUUGAAAACAUCAUUACAGUGCAUGAGCACAAUUUCAAUAAAUACAGUGUGAACCAGACCACCACCCAAGACACCCCAUAUGACUUCUCUUCUGUGAUGCAUUAUCAUAAAAAUGCCUUCAGCAAUGGUAAUGGAUCCACAAUCAUUACCAAGCGUCCUGAGUUCCAAGAUGUGAUUGGUCAACGCUUGGACAUGAGUGAAUAUGAUGUGAUUGAACUCAACAAACUCUAUAAAUGCAAUUCAUCCAUCUCUUUCCUUGAUCACUGUAGUUUUGAUGAUGAAUCUCUGUGUCAGAUGAGCAACUAUUCUGCUGCUGAUUAUGGCUGGCAGAAAGUGAAGUCAGUGAGUGGCAUUAAUGUGACUGACCACACAUACUUGGGCAAAGAACAAAAUAUUUCACACAUCUGUACACCUGUUUUAAUGUCUGCAGGGACGUCUUUCUUCAUGCACUUCAGCACUAAAGGGAGAAACGAGGGGUACACAGCCAGAAUGGAGAGCAAGACAAUGACCCCUAAAAGAGACUGCAAAGUCCAGUGCCUGCAGUUCUACUACUAUCACAGUGGUCAUGAGUCUGAUCAGCUCAACAUCUGGAUCCGAGAGUACCAGAAUGAAACAGACAGCAGAGGAACUCUCAGAAUUAUGGAUCAGAUCACAGGACCCCCUGGUAAUUACUGGAAGCUGCAUCAUGUGCCACUGAAUGCAAAUAAAACCUUCAAAGUUGUAUUUGAAGCCCGUAAAGGAGCUGGAAACUGCAGUGGAGGAUUUUCACUGGAUGAUAUCAAUAUUUCAGAGACUAAGUGUCCCCACACAUGGCAGAUAAGAGAUUUUAAGAAGAUUCUGGACAACAGUGUGUCUAACACUGUGAUGUACAGUCCAUUGUAUUACUCCAGUGAUGGUUAUCGAUUUCAGGCUGGCUUAAGGGUGUAUCAGACUUACUUUUCAAUAUAUGUUCGUCUGAUAUCUGGUGCAUAUGAUGACCAGUUGCAGUGGCCUUGUCCAUGGAGACAAAUAACCUUCCAGAUGUUUGACCAGAAUCCACACAUACAGAAGCGCAUGUCCUCUGAGAAAAGCUUCACAACUGACCCUACUUUGGUUUCUUCCGAUGGAAGAAAACAGUGGGACAAUCCUCGAAAUACUGGCACUAAAGCUGUCAUUGGCAAUGAGACUGUAUAUGUGGGUAUUUUUGGGGGCUAUGAAUAUUCCGUAAUGAAAGAAGAUCUCACUAGAAGAGAGUUUAUCAAGGGUGGUGACAUCAUAUUUCUCUUCAGCAUGCAAGAUAUCUCAGGACUUCUUCAGAAGGAGUCUUUACAAAAUGCUUCAAGUGCCAAGACGGCUUCCUCUCUAAUCACCUUGGUGGUUUGCUUUGUUUUGCUAUUGAGUUAAUCAUGAGAAAUCACUAUUAUCAGCCCUAUAUAUCUGACUACACAAGAAUUCAGUGCCAAAGAACUGCAUCUGUCUUCACCUUUCUGGUACAUAAGUAUGAUCAUUAAA